UUGCCUCUGUUUGUACAGAACAUAUCCCAGGGCUAUACCACAUACGGAUCACACAUGGGGAUGCAGCAGCACCCGUCCCAAGGUGGUGGUGGAGUUCCGUCCUCCUACGGGAACCAAAACUUCCAGGGCACCCAUCCUGGAGCCAACCCGGCUGUGGUGGAUCCUCUGAGGCAAAUGCAACAAAGGCCCAGUGGUUACGUUCACCAGCAGGCUCCAGGCUACGCACACAAUAUGCAGAACUCACAGAGGUUUGCCAACCAACCACUUCAGCAGAAUCCCAUCUUGCACGGUCUCAGUCACAUGGGAGGCCAGGGCGUCCAUCCAGGCUUGAGGCCGAAUCCGACGCUGACAGAACAGCAGCAGCAGCAACAGCAGCAGCAACAGGCAGCGCAGCAACAGCAGCAGUACCUCAGACAACACGCACUCAGACAGCAGCAGGCACAACAAGUUCAACAACAACAGCAGCAACAACAACAACAGCAACAACAACAGCAGCAGCAGCAGCAACAACAGCAGGUACAGCCCCAGCAGGUUCCUCCUCAACAGCAAGUUCAACAGCAACAACAACAACAACAACAACAGCAGCAGCAGCAGCAGGUGUCAACGGUGCCGCCACCAGGCCAGCAGCAGAACCCGGGUCUGGGCAUGCAGCCACUGCCCCCCCAGCAACCUAUGUUCCCACGACAAGGAAUGCAGCAAACUCAACAGCAGCAGCAGACUGCAGCUCUGGUCCGACAGCUGCAACAACAACUUUCAAAUACACAACCAGGACAGGGCACCAAUUCAUAUUACUGAUGGUGCUUGUUCAUCGUGUGAAGACUAGGCUCAGCUCUGUAGAUUGACAGAUAAAUGUGUCCAGUCCCGUGGCGGCUGUCAGGAGGGGCGACUGUUCAAGGCACAACGGACCACCAAACCGAUGAACCAAAUCCCAUCUCGACCAGUGAGAAAAUAUCUUGACUUCAGUUGUGUAAUUAUGGAUGAUCAAAGGAGGGAUCCUGCUCAGAAGUUAACAGAUAAUGGUUAAUAAUGGGAAAGUCUAUGUAAAAAAAGUACCAGAAAUUAUAAGAAUAAUGCAAUUUUUUAUUUUAUUUCAAUUUGUACAAUUUUUUCAGUUUCGUGUAUUUCUCAUUAAAAAAAUCAUGUCAGUU